AUGGCAUCGCCCACACUUCACUACGCCGUGAAUCCGACCCCGAAACCGACAAUCCCCCAAAGGGGUGGCCCGCGCCGCUUUUCGUCAAGCGUGCCCAAACCAGUCUCUGUGGACAGCGACUCGACGUCGACUGACGACGAUGAGACAACCAUCCCUAGUAAAACUAGCGGGCCCGGCGAAAGCCGGCGACUCGACAUGGCGAAUCCAGACCGCCCAUACCACAUGUGGCGUGAUCGUCCUUGGAUUUGUCCUGUUCGGAGCUGUCGCCGUCUGUUCAAGGCGCCUGUCGAGUUCGGGAACCAUUUCAGGGGUCAUCACCGCGGCUCCCGGCUGAAUGACAAUCUCGACGGGACCUUUUCCGUCAUAGAAAAGAAUGGCAGUACCGCACCAGCCGUGGUUGUUUCUCGGGGUGCGAUGGAUAUCGAACCUAUCGCUGAGCCUCUGCGGCCUGUUUAUCCACGCGGCAUGGCCGCCAAAAGUAUUCUUUGGGUCAAAGCGGCCGAGCCUGACCCCAGCCCGAAUUCUAGCCUGACAAAGUCUGGUGUGGAUCCUGAGAUCGCGGACGUCGAUGCCGGCGUUUCCCUGGAACUCGCAGCGGAUGGUCGCUCAUACCAAGAAUGGUGGGAUGAAUCGGGACAGCUAGUUAACAUGGCCGGCGCUCUGAUACCAGAGGGUUAUGAGCUGGAUGACACCUUCCCUGACCGCCCCUGGACCAUCCACAAGUCCUGCUCCCUAAACGACAACGGCGAUGGCACCUUUUCCGUCGUGGGCUCACACAACGACACCACCCCACGCGUUGCCUCCAAGGAACCCAUCGAUCCAAUUGAAAUGCCCCGUCCACCAGCUCGUUUACCUCCCUACCUUCUUGACUCUCGUGUGGCAGACCCACAAAAAGACCCUACCACAGCGCUCCGAGCCGAAUCAGCCGGCACCAACAAGGACGCUUCUGGUGACGCCUCUAAGGUUCUUUCAGGAAGUGCUGCAGGCCGUCUCUGGGAUCACAUCCGCUCGUUUGUUCCCGAGCUCUCGCCCUCCGAUGGCGAGGUACCCGAAGUGGCGAUGCUCCUCGGCCUUCCAAAGCUCCGGGAUCUCAACAUCAUACCUGGGACGCUGCUUUCCGACCUCAACCGAAAGCAAAUCACGGCCUUGCCCAUCCAGCUUGUGGGCGAGCAGAAUCCUAAACCCUGCAGUGAAUGCCGCCGGCACAACGGGCCGUUUGACUGUUGUGUCAGCCUUUCGGGAGAUGCUGCGCGGCGUUUGUACCCAUGGCUGGGUACCAGCUCGCGGGCGUGCGCGAGUUGCAUCGCACGCAAAAACUCGUCGGCUUGUAGCCUCAGGAAGCUGGGAUCAGCCUGGGAAUGGUCGUCAAGGCAUGGCCUACAGGAUAAUAUCAACGAAAGCGUUGUUGAUGCUGGUGGGGGUAAUGACCUUUCCGGGCGAAGGCGAUCCAGGCGGUUGUUUCUAGCGAAUGCCGAUGGUGGUGAGGAUGGGGAGGACGAAGAUUCAGAUGACGAGCCGCAUCCCCCUGAGCCAAAGCCGAAGCGUACGCGGUUGGUUACGUUAAAGGUAACUCGAUCCGCCGCAAAUGGUCGGGCGGUCAAGGAGUCCCAUGCUGGUGCCUGGGAAGGAAAUGGCGCUACUGAGAAGGUAUUGCACAUGGAGGACUGGGAGAUGGAAGAGGGCCGAGUCAACACAGCGGGCGAGGCGUUGGCGUUCUCUUCGACGUAUCUCACCGCCAACCAGUCAGUCCAAGUGUCGCAAAACAUCAACUUUCAAGCCAUCACUGUCACCUCCGGUCAAGUACACCGGUUCCCAGCCGAUGAAACGAGGACGCGUAUGUGCACGCUGGCCAGCGGGAAGCUCAGGGUGCAGGUAGGCGGCGACGAAUUCGUCGUUGGGUCGCAGGGCAUCUUCAAGAUUACGCCGGGUACGUUGGCUAGAGAGAAGUCUGGCUCAGGUCUGCUUGUCAUUCAUGGGUAA